CAGACUAAGAAUAUGUGGCCUCUGGCUGGGAUCCCAAGGACGGGUUUGUGUGGGGACACCGGGGUCCUCUUGGCUGAGAAACAAAGCAGGCCAAGUUGUCAUGGAUGUCGAUCCCUUAGCCAAACAAUCUGUUCCAGGCUGCUACUCUCUGUUUUUACUCUCCAAUUCAGAGACAAGGGUUUGAAAUAAUUCAUGCAAAAAGCAUGUUUACUGGGCGAGCAGGGAGAGCGUUGCACAGCUUGUUGAGUGAGUCCUCAUUUCAACAGAUAUCUGCUCUCUUUGCACAGCUGUAUUGGGCUGCUAGAUGUGAAUAAUAAACAGGGGGUCCCUACCAACCCCCCAUCACUGAUAGCUUGGGAUACAUUCAUGUGUCACGGUUCAUUUGUGCUAAUUUAAGUCAUUCAGAGGAACAUACAUCGUAGAGACGUAAUAUUAAUUCUAACAAUUGUAUUUGCUUGUCUACAUUUCUUAUGGGCUAAUUAGCAAAAACUGGGCUUCUUUUGGAUUUGAUAGUUCAGGGCCCCGAGGAAGUUUCAAAAAUAGGACACAGCCAGAUGUGUUGAGGGUGAACUUGAACAUCUGGUGGCUCUUUUUAGCAGCUUUUUAGCUCACUGUUUUGAUUUUCACUCCCCAAACAUUUAAUGCUUGGAUGCAAACUCCUCUUAUCUAAUUACUUAUUUUCAAUGAAACAGCGUUUAAAAACCCACUACCUGUCAGGAAAAGCAAAUGGCACACACACACGCACACACAAUUUUACCAACUAAAAUCCAGCUCGCAGGCACACAGGCUAUGCUAACACCAAGCUAGCCGGGGAACACGGCUAACGCUCCCUCUCCCCGCCAGAGGGCGACAGCGGGCUCCAAGCGAAUAGAAGAAGAAGAAGAAGCAGCAGCGGGACCACCACCGAGGAAGAGUGAAAUGCCCGGGUUGUCAUGUGCUCUGCCGACAGACGGACUGGUGGUCAGCUGACGGAUCCGUGUCGCCGAUGUUUACUUUCUCGUUAACCUGCCUUUUCUCUGAAUGAAUGCGGCGGAAUGCUUCGUCGAGGAGAACCAUGGUAGUCGUCAACUCGGUGCUCAAGCUGCUGCAGAGGCAGACGUACACUUGCCUGUCCCAUCGCUAUGGGCUUUACCUCUGCUUCGGGGGGAUGGUCCUCAUGAUAGUUUCCGCUUUUCAGUUCGGAGAGGUGGUGGUGGAGUGGAGUAGGGACCAGUAUCAUGUACUGUUUGACUCCUACAGAGACAAUGUGGGUGGAAAAUCAUUCCAAAGCAGGCUGUGUCUGCCCAUGCCCAUCGACGUGGUGUACACCUGGGUGAACGGCACGGACGUCGCUCUGCUGAAGGAGCUGAAGACGGUCAAAGAGCAACUGGAGGAGGAACAGAGAGCCCUGAGGGAACGUCUGGGGAAGAACACAAGUGAGACAACCGAAGUGCCAAAAGAGAGUGUUAAGCUCGAGUGUCUGCUGUCCCACUGCAUCAUGGCGCCCAUGCUGGCCCUGGACCCGCCCCCGCCCGCCAACCUCACGCUCAAAGAGCUGCCGUCGCUCUCGCCCGCCUUCUCCGCGGCCAAAGAGCUGCUGCUGAUGAACAAAGCCUUCCACACGUCCACCACCGUCUCCGUGGUCGUCUUCCACUCGCAGGCUGAGGCUGAUAAAGCCUUUACAGAUGUGUCCAAAGAAGACCAGAAGUUCUCUGUGUCCAGAUGUUAUCUGACCACGGACAAAGAGGCUCCGGGUCUGAUCCGCAUGCAGUCUCUGGCCUACCUGAGCGGCUUCCCGGCAUCUUUUAAGGAAACGGAGCAGCUGAGAGUCAAACUGCCCUCCGUCAUAACAAAUAGCCUCAAGCAGUUUGAGUUGUACUCUGAGGCCGGCGUCGCGCUGCUCCAUCUGAAAACCCCGCAGGACUUCACCGAUCUGACCCAGCAGGCGAAAAAGAACCUGACCCUGGACGGAAAAGAGUUAACGAUCAGCCCCGGCUACUUGUUCUGGGACCUCACCGCCAUCUCACAGUCUAAACAGGACGAAGACGUGUCCGCCAGCCGAUUCGAGGACAACGAGGAGCUCCGCUAUUCGCUGCGCUCCGUGGAGAGACACGCCCCCUGGGUGCGACACAUCUUCAUCGUCACUAACGGGCAGAUUCCCUCUUGGCUCAACCUGGACAACCCCAGAGUUACAGUUGUCCCCCAUCAGGAUAUCUUCCUGAACAGCAGCCACCUCCCAACUUUCAGCUCCCCUUCCAUAGAGACCCACAUCCACCGUAUCCCAGGGCUCUCUCAGAAAUUCAUUUAUCUCAACGAUGAUGUGAUGUUUGGAAAAGACGUCUGGCCGGACGACUUCUACAGCCACUCCAAAGGACAAAAGGUGUAUCUCACCUGGCCUGUCCCCAACUGUGCUGAGGGCUGCCCAGGAUCCUGGAUCAAAGAUGGCUACUGUGACAAAGCUUGCAACAACUCUGCCUGUGACUGGGACGGAGGAGACUGCCUCGGAGCCGCGGGAAACGGUCGGUUUGGGGCCGGCGUCGGCGGUGCCGGGCCCGGUGGAGGUGGUGGACAGGUGUGGCAGUUUGCAGGUGGUUUAGGGGGUCUUGGGGCAACGUCGUACUGUAAUCAAGGCUGCGCCAACUCCUGGCUGGCGGACAAGUUCUGUGACCAGGCCUGCAAUGUCCUCUCCUGUGGGUUUGACGUGGGAGACUGUGGCCAAGAGCACUUCACCGAGCUGCUUCGUGUGACGCUAAUGAGGAACCAGAGCCUCUACACGCUCCCGGUCGGUGAAACUAGGCCAUAUUUCAGUUUUGAAAGACUGGCCCGCAGAAUCUCCGAGGCCCACGUCAGCGACAACCCGGCGCUCCGCCACUCCUCCGUCGCCAACAAGUGGAAGACUAUUCACCUGCUGCUCCACCCGGGUCACAACGCUACGCAGCUCCAGUACAAUCUGACCUUCCAGAGAGACGACGCCACCGAGUUCGUAAUGAGCUUCAGCGUGGCCGUCGACACCCGCGAGGUGCCUCAGGCUAACGUGUCCCAGGCUGCCAGCAAGGACAGCGACCAGGACCCGAAGCCGACCUCGACUCCGGAGCCAACGGUCCCGUUCGCGGACGUUCCCGAGGACCAACGCGGCCCCAGGAUCCAGAAGAGCCAACCCGGUGAGCCUCUAGUUGUCGUAGAAGCGCCUUCGCUGAAUGUGUCGCUUCUACCGGCUGCUGUGCAAAGCGAGCUGCAAAAGCUGGAGGAGAAGCUUCUGAUCGGUGACAUUACUGUGAAGGGUUAUAACCUCACGAAGGCUGGACUUCUAAAACCUUACAAGGCACUGGCUCAGAAGCAACAGGACAUCGAUUCGCCACCAGCCAGUGAGGGGGAAGAAAAGGCCAAGGGAAAACCUGACGAGGACCUGGAGGGAAAACCACCAGCUGAAGAGAAAGCAGAAAAUAUCAUCCAGAAAAAUCCAAACUCCAAAGAGGAAAUACCCUGGAAAGACAUUCCCCAUACUGAUAAGUAUGAAGAAGACGCUCCCGAACACUAUGCGCUUAAUACUGUGAUAGAAAGGCCAAUGACUUCCAAACUGCUGGGCAGUAUUUCCAAAUCCAAGAAGCCAGAAGACCCUGCAGAAGGAGCUCCUUUAGGGAGGAGACUGCUGCACUUCAUCUCUGCAGACAGAGGCUUCCUGCCGUGGGAGAGGAGGAAAUACUUCCAGAAACUGCUUGAGGAAGAGGAGCGACUGCAGAGAGAAGUGUCGUUUGAGGCCGACGGCGACGCCACACGACGAAGGCUGCAGGACACUUUUGCCGACUCCCUGCGCCACGUCAACAAGCUGCUCAACGGCCAGUUUGGAUUCACGUCCCGCAAGGUCCCCGCACACAUGCCUCACAUGAUCGACCGCCUCAUCAUGCAGGAGCUGCAGGACACAUUCCCAGAGGCGUUUGACAAGACGUCAGGCCAUCGCGUCCGUCACCCAGAGGACAUGCAGUUCGCCUUCUCGUACUUCUACUUCCUGAUGAGUGCUCAGCAGCGGCUCAACGUGUCCGAGGUGUUUGACGAGAUCGACACGGACCACUCCGGCGUCCUUUCCGACCGCGAGAUCCGCACUCUGGCCACACGGAUCCACGAGCUGCCGCUCAGCCUCCAGGACUUGACAGGCCUGGAGCAGAUGUUGAUAAACUGCUCCAAGACUCUCCCGACUAACCUGACCCAGCUGCACCUGGUGAACCCAACGCAGGAGGCCUACUAUGACCCAAGCAUGCCUCCUGUCACUAAAGGCCUCGUCCUGUACUGCAAGCCCAUCACAGAACGCAUCCAGAAAGCCUUCAAGGACCAGAAUAAGUACAAGUUUGAGGUCAUGGGGGAGGAGGAGAUAGCUUUCAAGAUGGUGCGGACCAACGUCUCCCAUGUGGUUGGACAGUUGGAUGACAUUCGGAAGAAUCCCAGGAAGUUCAUCUGUCUGAAUGAUAACAUCGACCACAGCCAUAAGGACGCUUCCACUGUGAAAGCUGUGCUGAGAGACUUCUAUGAGUCCAUGUUCCCACUGCCUUCCCAGUUUGAACUGCCAAGAGAGUAUCGCAACAGAUUCCUGCAUAUGGAGGAGCUCCAGGAGUGGCGAGUAUAUCGGGACAAGCUGAAGUUCUGGACGCACUGCGUCCUCGUGACCCUCGUCAUCUUCACCAUCAUGUCGUUCUUUGCUGAGCAGCUGAUUCUGUUAAAGCGAAAGUUGUUCCCAAGACGCAGACUCUGUGCAGCCUCAGAAGGGAGGAUUUAGCCCGGAGGGGAGCUGGGUGGAAACGGGAACCCGAAGCCCUGCGUACUUGUGUUGCAUCAGCACGUACAGCGGAUAGACACUCACGUGAGAUGGGGAUGAAGUAUUUUUUUCUUUUUUAUAAGACAAUGGCUGGGGCUGGUCUGUGAAAGAACACCAACACACAUUUGAAAUUACACAAACACUCCAAUCUGCACCACCCUCCUCGCUCCUGCCAUGUUUUAUAUUGACAGCAGCUGCCAGGACUUGUUGUCGUUGUUUGUGCAGCGAAUGAGUUUUACUAUGAAAUCCACAAACUGUUGUGUUUAAAGCUCAAAUGAUUAGAAGACCGAUAUUCUGAUCACAAUCUGUUAAUCGUUUGAAGCAGUUUUUAAGGAGCAAUGCCAAACAUUUGUUGUUACCUGCUUCUUACAUCGGACUAUUUUCUGUUUUUGUAUUGCCGACAGUUGAUUAUCUUUGGGUUUUGGACAGCUGGUCAAACAAAACACUUUUCAAGAGAUACGGUUUGUGUCCCGGGAAGGCGUGCAAAGCUUUUUGACAAAGGAGAGAAAUGAAACGUGGGGGAAAACAGUGGAUCGGUACACAGACGACAAAUGUAGCCCUGGUUAGUGUUUGGCUUUUAACACUACGGCUUCAUUUUAAGGAAAUUAUGUUAAAAGGUACAAACAAUAACUCUUAAAUGUUGGUUGUUGGUCUGUCUAUGAAUAACAUGCAAACUUGAAGUGCCUUCGUUGUUCAUUCCUGCUUGUCUGAACAUUUUUUUAUUUUUCUGUCACCCUUUUUCAAGUGAUUUACAAUCAGAACAAUGGGAUUAUAGGAUUAUGUGAGUCUUAAUGUGGUUUGAAUUGAUAAGUGAACACGUAAUGCUUUUAUAGCCUCCUGUAUUCGUGUCCCUGUGGGACUCAACAGGCUCGCUACUGUCUGAAAUUCAGACUCCCUCAGCAUGAUCGGUAACGUAUUUUGAUUGUAUUAUUGUGACAGUGAGCCUGGUGACCGAUGCUUCUGAUUUGAAUGCUGCAGAAUGUAAACAUCGCCUCCGACUGGGCUCGUCAACCGCCCCACCUUUAUUGUAUUAUCCUGAAUUGUCAAUUGUUCUUUUAAGAUGACGACAAAAAAGGAAAAAGUGACAUGUCGAUGUCGUCAGCAUUUUACCGCUGGCGUAACAGUCUUGAUGUACUCUAUGACGUUAGCAGGCGAGGCGAUGAUUUUACAUUCCCGGACAAUAGGAAUCGCUCAGAUUUGCAUUGGUUCAAUAACGCUCACUGACUAAAAUAAAAAAGCGUGUCUUGUUUCA